CGCGGUCCAGCCAAGUCCAACCCACCCCACCACACCCACCACGUCGUCGACGCCGACGCGUCGCCAACGGAAACUUCUCAAAGCGCCGACGGGGUUCCACGGCGCCCGUAAUUUCAACCGUCCCCACCGCCGCGGGCUCCUCCUGACGGACCCCGAAGGUCGCCGUGACUCCCGCCCCUCGCCGGCGACGUCCGGCAUGCCGUCCUCCCGCCUCGUCCACCUCAUCCUCCUCGCGACGCUCUCGCUCCUCCUCGCCCAAACCCUAGCCUCCUCUGCCCCCGUGCCCGCCGCCGCGUCGGCGUCGACGGAGUCCGGCGACCCCUGCGCGGCCGCCGUAGCUGACGGGGAAGCUGACGUUCCGCUGUGCCCCGUGCGGUGCUUCCGCCCUGACCCGGUCUGCGGCGCCGACGGGGUCACGUACUGGUGCGGCUGCCCCGAGGCGACCUGCGCGGGCGCCCGCGUGGCGCGACGCGGCUACUGCGAGGUCGGCGCCGGCUCCGGCUCCGCGCCCGUCUCGGGCCAGGCGCUGCUGCUCGUCCACAUCGUCUGGCUCUUCGUGCUCGGCGCCGCCGUCCUCCUCGGUUUCCUCUGAUGCGCCUCUCGCGUUCCCGCAGUUAUAUUCCCCUCCCCCAUAUUCUUUGUCCCGAUCUUGUGUUGGUUGUUGCCUUCUUGUUGUGCUGUUGAUGGCUGAGGAAUUGCGAUGUAACGAUUUAGUUGUAAUUUUGAGAGGAUCCGUCUAGAGAUGUAACCCGGUUCUUCGUCAGAUCUGUCGGGUUCAGCUGUGCUCAACACUUCGAAGCAGAGCUGCGAUGAUUGGUUGUCAAAUGUUGUAGGUUGAGGUCAUGUAAAACAGUUGUAAAUUCCUCAUUAACGAAUCGCAUUGAUCAGAUUGUUUUGUUGUCCA